GACUAUUGUUAUUGCGCUGUGCUUCCACGUCCCUGAGUUCUUGUACAUACUUCUUGAUUUCUCAACAUGCCAAAAACGCGUCCUCUUCUUCGAGGAGAGAUCACAUACUCAACUGCGCAAAGAGAAGAGGUGAAUAUCCUCCACCGACUAAGCUACCAUGAUCAAAGGCGUAAAUUCUUUGCACAUAUUCUGGCAAAAAAGGACUGGAUAGAAUCCAUAGUUGCUCAUCACCUUAAUCUAGGACCAUCCAACUGUCGUAUGGAGGAUGUUGAGAACUGGCGCCAUGGGAGCUUCAACCUAUGUGUUCCAGUUGUCGUUAACGGGUGGAAAUGGAAACAACAGCCUGGGGAACGCGUGUUACUUCGGUUUCCUCUUCCAUAUCGGGUCGGCGAUGCUUUUCGACCUGGAAAUGGAGACGAAAAGAUUCGAUGUGAGGCAGGAGCCUAUGCGUGGCUUCAAGAAAACUGCCCAGAUGUCCCGAUACCAAAACUAUACGGGUUUGCUACCUCUACCGGUGAAACUUUUACACUACUGCAGAACCUACCGUUGAUUGCCCGUUGUGUUCAAUAUCUGCGUCGGCGACUUCUAUCAUGGCUUGGUCGUCCUAUUCCUACACAGUUUAUUCGUCACCAAGCUGCAAACAAUAUACUCAGUGACACAGUAGGCACAGGCUACUUAUUGAUCGAGUAUAUCGAAGAAGAACAAGGAGAAAUGCUCUCGAAUACUUGGCAAGAGAAACAGGUUGAUAUCGGAUUAAGAACUAAUCUCUUUCGUGACCUUUCUCGGAUCUUAUUGAGUAUCACACGGAUUCCCUUGCCAAAGAUUGGCUCCUUUAUGAUUGACCAUGAUGGUUUCUUACACCUAACGAAUCGUCCGCUUUCACUUGAAAUUCAAGAAUUAGAAAACGAAAAUAUUCCUACAAACAUACCCCGAGACUAUACCUAUUCCACGGUCGAGUCCUAUGUGACAGAUAUCCUUCGAAUCCAUGACAAUCGACUUCGCCAUCAGCCAAACGCAAUUAACGAUACAGGGGACUAUAUCUAUCAGACUUCGGCAUUGGCUGCAAUGCGAACAGUCUUUCCAUCAUUUUUCAAACCAGAACUCCGACGUGGUCCUUUCGCUUUUACUUUCACGGAUCUUCACCAAAGCAAUAUCUUUGUUGAUAAAGAAUGGCACAUUACCUGUUUGGUAGAUCUUGAAUGGGCAUGUACCCGACCAGUUGAGAUGCUUCGGACUCCGACAUGGCUUACGAACAAGGCUGUGGAUGAGAUUGCUGAAAGUUCGGGGGAAUAUAACACGAGGCGCAUGGAGUUCGUGAAUAUCAUGGCCGCUGAAGAACAAAGACUUGACAGCACUGUGUCGACUAACAACCAUGGAAGACCGCAACUAUCAUCUAUUAUGAAUGAGAGCUGGAGGGUGGGAACGUUCUGGUAUUCUCUCGCGCUUGCUAGCCCUACCGGCCUCUUUGCAGUAUUUUUCAAACAAAUCCAGCCAAGAUUCGUCAAGCAUUGUUCCGACCAUGAUGGUUUCCAGCAGAUCAUGCCAUGGUACUGGGCACAGGAUUGGGUCAGGACCGCAGCUAGCAAAUUAUCGGACAGGAAAGAAUAUGACAUUCGCCUUCAGCAAGCCUUCGAAUGCGACAUAUCACCGAAUGAACGAUCUCCGGCAUCUUAAUUUUCCGAAUCUUGCCUGUCUUCCUCUUGCUGUCCAAGAUCUUUCUCAAGCGCUUCUUCCAAGCUGCGCAUUGCCCUCUCAUCUUUAGAUGCUUCUCGAUGCUUCUUGACGGCUUCCGACGAAGAGGUCAGCUGUUGCAGUGUCUUCAAAUCUGACUUGAAGCCAACAGCUGCCUCUUUGGCUUGUUCGGUGUCGCCUUUGUCGGACAUUAUGACCUAGCUGCUUUCAAAUCAUUCUCAGCCAUGUACACAUAGAUACAAGGUUUCACGGCUCACCUCGAUGAUAGCCAGAAGAACAAUUUGAGUUAUGGAAGACACAAAUCAUGGGCCGCUUCUGCCACAACGCGACGGAAUUGAUAGCCAUCUUGUAGCACGUACUAGGAUCUAUAUAUACGAUAUAUUCUCAAUGGAGCGAGAUCCUCGUCAGCAGUGCCAGGCUGCGGCAGUUUAGCCAAAGGAGAGAAAGGAGCCAUUGUUGCCUAACUAAUGGUGCC